AUGCAACGGAAGGACCACAAGGCGCCGUUCGUCAAUAUACCCUCCAAACACGGCAUUCUUGCGUUCGAUACAACCAGUGGUCGUGAAUGUUGCACCGCUGCUACCUUUUCUUACGACAUCAACACGUCACCCGGGACCGACUGGAACACUUCCGCAGCCAGGGUCUUCAUAGCCGACUUCCAAGCUCACUAUGCUCAGCUUGGUAAGUCGGACCAGGAAGUUAAGGAGGCGUGGAUUAGCCAUGCGGAGAGCCUCCAUCGCCAGUUUCGCGCAAGAUCUCGGGAUGAAGCUGAAGUCCAAUACGAUGACAUGUGCCACAGACGAGAGGAACGAAAGCGACAGUUGUUCUCUCGUCGUCGUCACAUCGCGGGCACGCUGAUUUCUCCGAGGGCCGUAGAGCUCCUGGAUGCGCUGGGAGUUCACGGUAUGAGCAGCGACGAAUCCGACCAUGAGGCUGGCAGAGGAGAAGCCACUUACAUCAUCCCUGCAAAGCAGUGGCGCUCGCCGGAAUUGCAGACCUGGCUGCGCACGCUCGAUUCGCUUCAUCUCUUCGUGCGCUACAGAGGUGGAUUCAAGGCGUCGCAGGGCGGUUGGCCUCAUUUCCGCGUUUCUAGUCGGAACGUGAGCUCGGCUCCUGCAGUCACAGGACUUCCGGUAAACUGCUAUGCCCCAUCCAUUCUCAAGGAAUACGACAGCUUCAAGAUGAAGUGGCUCAGCCCUAUUUCAAAGGUAAUCGACCUCACGCAUUCUGAUCGCAUCAUGGAGUAA